AUGACAAAGAUGCGCAACGUCAGAAAGCUCUCGGCGCUGAUGUGCCUUCUGCUCGCGGUUGGCCCUACUGCUGUUCUCUCGGCUCCCAUCGCUGAUGUCGAAAGCCUGGCCAAAAGGCAAGCAACACACAGCAACACCGAUGCUGCCUCCGUCAUGGGCGCCGGCAUCCCCGACGGACCCAACUUCAACCAAGGCGAUUUCUUCUCCACAAGCAGCGAUGAGCACCACGAUGAGCACCACGAUGCGGACUGCGACGAGGAUGAGCAUAACGAUGACUCGCCGUCCAGCCCGAGCUCGAGCUCUAGCAGCAAUACCGAUGGCGCAUCCUUCAUGAACGCUGGCAUCCCCGACGGACCCAGCUACAACGAUGGGGAUUUCUUCUCCACAAGCAACGAUGAGAGCCGCAAUGCGGGUGACGGUGACAAUGGCUCGCAGUCGGGCUUCAGCACCAGCACCGACGCAGGUGACUUCGCCACGUUUGGUAUCCCCGACGGCCCCAGCGCUAGCUUUGGAAAAUUCUUUCACCAUGAUUAUGAGGAGACUCACUCCGAGCAGCCCGAGACUACGCACAUUCCUGAGCCUACUCCGCCUACGCCUCCUACUUCUGAAGUUCCUGCCCCAGUUCCUCCUCCGGCGCCUCCUGCCCCUGCCCCUGAAGCUCCUGCCCCUGCCCCUCCUGCACCAGCACCAGCUCCCCCGCUGAUCAUUCCUGUACCUGCAGUUGAACGGCCAUGA